AUGGAGCCCAUUGCUCAAGAUCAACUCUGGCGCGCCAUCUGUGUCCCCGAUCGGAUUCUACCUGAUGAGCCCAGCGGCAUUGCAGCUUUAGCACACAUUCUGGUCCAAAAGCCAGGUUUAGGAAAGAUCAUACGUAGUCUUGAACUACAUCCCGAAGAUCGUAUGGUUCUUGUCGACCCAUCGCUGUUAUCUCCUCAAGGGCCUUUCAUGCCUCACUCUUUACAGGUACAAGUCGACGAAUGCGCCUCGGUCAAGUUCAUCUUAGAGCAGACGUCUGAGCUAGAGGUGUUGAAGCUUGAGGUAUUGGCCGAAGCGCAAUCGUACCGCCACGACCACGAUCAUGAACGCUAUACGGAUGCAAUAAGCCCAUUUGAGCUGAUCUUUGGUACUCAAAGCAAUGAACCGCCUAAAGGACUGGAAAAGCUCCAAGAGCUGCACUUCAACGCAAAAGUCUUUGAGUGGUCCUGGUGUGAGUUACCGUCGCUUAAGGUUCUGCGCCUCGGUCGCGGUUGCAGUCUCGAAGACACCAAAGUCCCGGAUAACCUUACAUCCUCUGUUGAUACACUUAUAUGGGACAUGUGUACUUCUCAACUUUCAUCUGAAGAGCCCGAGAAGACGAGCCAUUUCCUUUCGCGCUUCUCGUCCCUCAGAGAAUUGCAAAUUUGGCUCUCUAACACUGUAGUCAAGCAAGCCGACCGGGAUAGCCCACAGGAAUACGGAGCGGUGGUCAAAGGCGACAUGUACGACCAAUCUAUGUUGGACACUCGCGUAGACGAACCAAUUCAUUAUUUUUUCGAGGAGCAGCUUUCGGGCCUAAUGAACACACUAGAGAGCUUGGCCUUGCACAUAUCAGACAAGGACUGUGAGGAUCAACGCUAUGUUGGAGUACUCGAUCAUUCAAAUUACAGCAGUUUUACUAAGCUACGUCAUCUCGAACUGCCCCACUUCUUGCUAACAGGCAGCAUAGUAGAGCAGCGGAUUGAAGAGGCAGGCAAUAUACUGCCUAGCACUUUAGAAGAACUGGUCAUCACUCGUCUCAAUGAGGACGAAGACAGCAUCUGGCACAUAAUGGAUGGCAUUUCUUUCGCACGACAUCACCACGGUGGUUUUCCCAAACUGCGAAAGGUCACGCUUGAUAUGGCGGGCAGUCCAAUUAAUAAAAAGUUGGCCGGAAGCAGCAUUAGCCGUCUACAAAAGCUCGAUAUCGAGGUGGAGGCUUGGGUGCCGGAUUGGUUGUCAGAAUCGUACUGA